AUGGCAGGAAACAGCGACGACUACGUCUACAAACUAUACCGUUAUGUUCCUUCAAUUCCUGCUGGUGCCAUCAUGGCAGUGGUCUUUGGCUUACUCGCCAUUGCCCAUUUCUAUCGAAUCAUCAAACACAGGACCUACUUCUUCAUUCCGUUUUUUAUUGGCCUUCUCCUUGAAGCAGCAGGAUACAUCGCCCGCAUCUUCUCCCAUUUCGACACCGAAGCUCUCGGCCCGUAUAUUGUCCAGACGAUGUUGAUCCUCGUCGCGCCUCCGCUCUUCGCCGCCUCCAUCUACAUGACCCUCGGGCGAGUGAUUGUGGCGCUUAAUGAGGAGUCGGCUUCACUGGUCCGUGUACGCCUGCUGACCAAGGUGUUUGUCGUUGGGGACGUCAUCUCGUUUCUGCUACAAUGCGGAGGAGGUGGUUAUAUGGCUGCCGGGACUCUCGACACCAUGCAGAACGGCGAGCACAUCGUCAUUGCCGGCCUGGCCAUCCAGCUACUCUGGUUUGGAUUCUUCGUCGUCGUCGCAUCGGUCUUCCAUUGGCGCGUCGUCCACCAGCCGCGACAUACGCAUCCCAAAGAGCUCAGAUCGCAGAGUUCGCGGUUCUCCUGGCACUCGCUGAUGUGGGCCCUCUAUAUCGCGUGCGCGCUCAUCCUGGUUCGGUCCAUCUUUCGAGUCGUCGAGUUUGUUCAGGGCAAUGCCGGCUUCAUCAUGAGACAUGAGUAUCUGCUGUACAUCUUUGAUGGGCUCCUCAUGGCGUUGACGGGGAUUGUGCUCUUUGUCGUGUUUCCUGGUUCGUUCGUGUCCACCCACGGCCGAGACGACGUGUCAGAUAUGGUUGCUCUGUCGGAUUCCUAG